GGGUUCCGGAUUUUGUUGUUGCUUCCCUUUUCCCGCCAUGUCUUUUGUGCGUUCUUUGCUGGGGGCGCUACCUGCUAGGGUAGGCGCUGCCCGCACUAUGGUGACGGCUGUGACCCCGCAGUCGACCUAUUCCCUGUUCCCUAUUGCCCUGGGCCGCCGUUUCCAAAGCACCGCCUCCGUCGCCGAUGCCGAGAAUGCCGAUCCCAAGGAUGUUGAACGUCUUCGUCAUCUUCGCAAUAUCGGUAUUUCCGCUCACAUUGAUUCCGGUAAAACGACUUGUACCGAACGUAUUCUGUUCUACACUGGUCGUAUCAAGGAAAUUCAUGAUGUCCGUGGUCGCGAUGGUGUGGGUGCCAAGAUGGAUUCCAUGGAUUUAGAAAGAGAAAAGGGUAUCACCAUUCAGUCUGCGGCUACCUAUGCCAGCUGGGGUGAUCACAACAUUAACAUUAUUGAUACUCCUGGUCACGUUGAUUUUACUAUUGAAGUCGAGCGCGCUCUUCGUGUGCUGGAUGGUGCUGUUAUGAUUCUUUGCUCGGUGUCGGGUGUGCAAUCCCAGACAAUUACGGUGGAUCGUCAGAUGCGUCGUUACAAUGUACCUCGUAUUUCGUUCAUCAACAAGAUGGAUCGUCCCGGUGCUAACCCUUUCCGAAUUAUCGAACAAAUGAGACAAAAAUUGAAACUGACCGCAGCCGCUGUGCAAAUUCCUAUCGGUGCCGAGGAUGAAUUCCGUGGUGUCGUGGAUCUUGUCACCAUGAAAGCCUUGUACAAUGUAGGCGAGCAUGGUGAAAAGAUUUCUGAAGAGGAAAUUCCCGCGGAAUUAAUGGAAUUAGCCAAUGAGAAACGUCAUGAACUGAUUGAACAACUGGCCAACGUCGAUGAUGAAAUUGCCGACAUCUACUUGAUGGAAGAGACCCCCACUGUGGAACAAUUUGUCAAUGCUAUUCGUCGUGCUACGGUUGAUUUGAAAUUCACCCCUGUCUUGAUGGGUUCAGCUUUCAAAAACACGGCCGUUCAGCCUUUGCUGAAUGCCAUUGUGAGCUAUUUGCCCGAUCCUACCCAGGUCAAGAACACCGCUUUGGAUAUCACUCAGGAUGAAAAGCCCGUGGAUUUGAUUCCUUUCUCCGGCAAUCCUUUUGUUGGUCUUGCUUUCAAGUUGGAAGAAGGCCGUUACGGUCAGUUGACUUAUAUGAGAAUUUACCAAGGUUCCUUGAAGAAGGGUUCAUUCAUCACCAAUGUCAAGACCGGUAAAAAGAUCAAGGUGCCUCGCUUGGUUCGUAUGCAUGCCGCCGAUAUGGAAGACGUCGAUGAACUUGGUGCCGGUGAAAUCGGAGCCAUCUUUGGUGUCGACUGCGCCAGCGGUGAUACCUUCACCGAUGGUUCCGUUCAAUACUCCAUGUCGUCCAUGUUUGUUCCUGAACCUGUUAUUUCCUUGUCGUUGCAACCCAAGGGUAAGGAGAACCACAACUUUUCCAAGGCCUUGAAUCGCUUCCAAAAGGAAGAUCCCACCUUCCGUGUGCAUGUGGACAAUGAAAGCAAGGAAACCAUCAUCUCGGGUAUGGGUGAAUUGCAUUUGCAGAUCUAUGUGGAACGUAUGAAGCGUGAAUACAAUGUGGAGUGUGUGACGGGCAAACCUCAAGUGGCUUUCCGUGAAACGAUUACUCAACCUGGCAAGUUCAACUACACACACAAGAAGCAAUCGGGUGGUGCUGGUCAAUUCGCUCGUGUGAUGGGCUUCUUGGAACCGAUGGAGAAGGACGAAGAAACUGGUACCGAUAUUGGUUUCGAAUCGCGUGUGGUCGGUGGCAAUAUUCCUACCAACUACAUUCCCGCUUGUGAAAAGGGCUUUGGCGACGCCUUGGAAAAGGGACCUUUGAUUGGUCAUCCCGUCAACGGUAUCCGUAUGGUCCUUGAAGAUGGUGCCGCUCACGCCGUCGAUUCCAGUGAAUUGGCUUUCCGUAUUGCUACCCGUGCCGCUUUCAACGAAGCGUUUGCCAAGGCCAAGCCUACUAUUUUGGAACCCAUCAUGAAUGUCUCCAUCACGGCACCUACGGAAUUCCAAGGUGCAGUGAUUGGUGGAUUGAACAAGCGCAAGGGUACGGUUGUCGAUACCGAUGUUCAAGAAGAUUACUUUAACGUGACGGCCGAUGUUCCAUUGAACGACAUGUUUGGCUAUUCCACGGAACUGCGAUCCGCCACUCAAGGCAAGGGUGAAUUCUCCAUGGAAUACAAGGAACAUCAACCCGUUCAAACCCACGUCCAGGAACAGCUUAUCCAAGAAUACAAGAAGAAGGAAGCCGCCCGCAACAAAUAAGCUCUUCCCUCCUGUAUCGUUCUUUCCUCACUUUCCCAUUCUUUUUUUUCUUCCUUUUUUAGCCAAUAGAAUGUACAGAUCAUCCUAAUAUACAACAUGUUUGCAAAAUAAUGGUAUCGGGUGGUAGUAGGCUGUGACCUAGCUCUGAUGAGUGCAACUACACAAUUAGACCAUCCAACAGUAGAGCUUCACCGGAUU